AUGGAUCCGGGUUCGAUGAUGAACGAGGGUUCAUUUCCGAAUGGGAGUGGGAAUACGACGCCGUUUAGUUUAGCGGAGAUCUGGCAGUUUCCGGCUGCGAUUAAUGGCGGCGGAGGUGGAUUGGGACUUAGGAGGCCGCAAUUUGGAAACGGUUUGGGACAGUUUGGGGAAUUUGGAACCGGUUCGAACCGGGAUGUGGAUGGACCGGACCAGAGAGUUGUUUUGAACCAUGGUGGUGGUAAGAAGAGGCGUGACUCGGAAGAUGUUGAUUCUACUAAGUGUGUUUCCACCAGUAAUGGCGGUGCCAAUGCUGUGAAUGAUGGUGAUGGAAAACGGUCUAAAGCAUUAGGGAACAGGAAUGAUGAUGGUAAAGUUGAAGGAGAAGCCAGUUCAGGAAAGCCUGCGGAGCAAAGCAGUAAGCCGCCUCCUCCCGACCCUCCAAAGCAAGAUUACAUCCAUGUUCGAGCUAGAAGGGGUCAAGCUACUGAUAGCCACAGUCUUGCAGAACGCGCUAGAAGGGAAAAGAUUAGUGAAAGGAUGAAAAUUCUUCAGGAUUUAGUUCCCGGUUGUAAUAAGGUUAUUGGGAAAGCAUUGGUCCUUGAUGAAAUAAUUAAUUAUAUUCAAUCACUUCAGCGCCAAGUGGAGUUUCUGUCGAUGAAACUUGAAGCAGUUAAUUCGAGACUCAACACUGGCAUUGAAGCCUUUCCUCCAAAAGAUUAUGGUCAACAAACAUAUGAUCUAGCCGGUAUGCCAUUUGUUUCACAAGCUACAAGAGAGCCAAGCAGAGGUUCAUCUCCAGAAUGGUUACAUAUGCAGGUAGGUGGCGGUUUCGAAAGAACAUCGUAG